AGUUCAUAUGAGCAAGCCCUCACUAGAGAAGAUUCAACAUCCGGGCUUUACUAUGAUUGUUCUGCGCACAUGGUUUGGGUUGGAGAACGAACUCGCCAACUUGAUGAUGCUCAUGUUGAGUUUCAGAGGGGAAUAGCUAACCCUCUUGGAAUCAAGGUGAGUGAUAAAAUGGUCCCUAGUGAAAUGGUUAAGCUGAUAGAGAUACUAAACCCUCAGAACAAGCCUGGAAGGAUUACAGUUAUAGUGAGAAUGGGAGCUGAGAAUAUGCGUGUUAAGCUUCCUCACUUGAUCAGAGCAGUACGUGGAGCUGGUCAGAUUGUGACUUGGGUUAGUGAUCCAAUGCACGGAAACACAAUCAUGGCUCCAAGUGGGCUAAAAACUCAUUCUUUCGAUGCAAUCAGGGCUGAAUUGAGAGCAUUCUUUUACGUGCAUGAUCAAGAAGGGAGCUUCCCUGGUGGAGUUCAUUUAGAAAUGACGGGACAAAACGUGACAGAAUGUGUCGGAGGGUCACGCACCAUCACUUACAACGACCUAAGCUCACGUUACCACACUCACUGUGACCCAAGGCUCAACGCUUCUCAGUCUCUUGAGCUUGCGUUCAUCAUUGCAUAGCGUCUGCGAAAAAGAAGGCUCGGUUCCGGAAACCACCUAUCAUCUAUUGGAGUCUAGAGGAUAAGACAAGACUUUGUCCGAGUUAGUGAUAUGUGUGUGUAUAGAGUGGCUCUAUACUAAAAGUUGCUAAGUUUUCAGUAAUCGAGUUUAUGUACCAAAGUGAAACAUUGUUGUUUGUAUGUUGGGGCUAUGCUUUGUUUCAUUAAAAUAUUGUGAGUGGUCGACUUGUUAAAUCAGUUCUAAAUAAAAAACGAAAGUUGUAAAA